GCGCUCAGUCGAGAAGAAGAGUGCUCGAUCUGACACAUCAGCCAGCUUUAAGGAGUUUGAUGCACCGACGGCGGCGAAUCAUGCUAGAGGAUGGGGUGCUCGGGUGUCGAAAAAAUGCGGAACCACAGUUGCUAAGGCUUCCACUGGAGACAAGGCUCUCGAAACUUCUAUGAAGAUUUUGGACAAGAUAAGCCGGACUGACUUCCAGAAAGAUCCUCAGACAACACGAAGCAGAAUAGAGACGCUGACUUCCAAAAUUCGGCAGAUCCUCGUUGCUGAGUAUUUGAACACUUCUUCUUCUU